CGUAGCUUCGCAAUCUGUUGUCAACUUGCCAUGAAUCUGCAGUCUGCGUCUCUUAAGACUUGUCAGUUUUUGCUCUUUUGGUUUUCGCAUGGUCUGCCUCAGAAUUUACCGUUUAGCUUUCUGUAGGAUCGCGAUUUUCAUAAAUUUGGUCUGGUAACUGCAGACACCUGUCCCGAUUCCCGAAUAUGAAAACGAUUAUGGAUGGAUUCAGUUCGAAGGCCAGCACUCUUGUACUGGAUAACGAAGCGUCGGAAAACAACAGAAUGGAACCGGCCCUGUUAGCACCAAUCACUGAAGUAGAUCCCGAGAUAUACGAUCUGAUGCGAGCGGAAAAGAAGCAACAGGCGAACGCUAUCAGCCUGAUUGCUUCGGAGAAUCAGACCAGCCGCGCGGUUCUUGAUGCUUUAUGCACAGCUCUGCAAAACAGAUAUUCCGAAGGAUAUCCAGGCGCCAGGUACUACGGUGGGCAGGAAAAUAUCGACAAGGUGGAAAUUAUAUGCCAGAAACGUGCACUGGAACUAUAUGAUUUGGAUCCUCAGAAAUGGGGAGUUAACGUGCAGCCAUAUUCGGGAUCGCCUGCUAAUUUUGCGGUUUAUACUGCCUUGGUUGAACCGCAUGGACGGCUAAUGGGACUGGAUCUACCAGAUGGAGGACAUUUAACUCAUGGAUUUAUGACGGAUAAGAAACGAAUCUCAGCCACGUCGUUGUUUUUCGAAAGCAUGCCCUACAAGGUCAAUCCAGAAACCGGAAUUAUUGAUUACGAAAGACUGCGAGAAAAUGCAAAACUUUUCAAACCUAGAUUGAUUGUUGCCGGAACGAGCUGCUAUCCUCAAAUUUUGGAUUAUCCGAAAUUCCGGGAGAUCUGCACUGAAGUAGGGGCGUUGCUUAUGGCCGAUAUCGCCCACAUCAGUGGUCUCGUGGCGGCUAAAGUUCACCCGAGUCCUUUCGAGCACUGCGACAUUGUUACUACGACCACACAUAAAACUUUGCGAGGACCACGAGCCGGUUUAAUCUUUUACCGAAAAGGCGUCAAAUCUGUCGAUGAAAAAACCAAAAAAGAAAUCAUGUAUGAUUUCGAAAAGCCCAUCAAUGAAGCAGUGUUUCCAGGGCUGCAGGGUGGACCACACAAUAACACCAUUGCCGGUAUUGCUGUUGCACUUAAACUGGCGAAGACUCCAGAGUUUACCUCGUAUCAGCAGCAGGUUGUAAAGAACGCCAAAGCUUUAGCAAAAGGCCUUCAGAAACGUGGAUACAAGUUAUCAACCGAUGGAACGGAAACGCACUUGUGCUUAUUGGAUCUGCGUCCGGUGGGACUUGAUGGAGCGAAAGUGGAACGCGUGCUGGAAGAAGCUAUGAUUAUCUGUAAUAAAAACACGUGCCCGGGCGACAAGAGUGCCUUGAAACCAGGAGGAGUCCGUUUGGGAGCGCCGACGAUGACCACCCGGGGACUAAAAGAAGACGGCUUUGAUACCAUUGCGGAAUUCAUCCAUAAAGGAAUAAAAAUCGCGGACAAAGUGGAUCAGAAAAAUGGGAAACGAGCCACGACGUCUAAGGAAUUCUAUGGGCGACUGGCAUCUGAUGAAGAUUACAAACAGGAAGUGAAGCAGCUGCGAGAAAGCGUUGUGCAGUUUGCUUCCCAGCUUCCAACGGCUGGUGCUCCGGAUGUCUGAAAUCUGAAUCUUUUUGCUUGGUAACACUUCAUGCCUCAUGGUAAUUUGCCGCGAUUCCAUCCAUUCUUCUUUGCUCAUUCAUAUUCUGCUUACUGCUCAAUCGUUGUUUUACAUUGUUUUAAAAAAACGUUCUGGUGGCAAGGGGAUUUCACUUUUUUAACUGUUGUAACGGAGACUGGAGAUUCGGUGUACGCAUUACCAUUUGCGCUGAAGGUAGAGAUGUCCUGUGCGACGCUUGACUCCACCCUUUUCAUGCUUUUCCGAAAACGAAUCCUUUGGAAUUAUUGGCGCUGUUGGCGGUUCGUCGUGUUUUUUCGUAUCACGUUUAGGUUCUUUAAAGCCGAAGAAACAUAUUACGG